AUGCCGAUCGGAAAGCAGCGGCAAGGCGAUGGGGACGACGACGAGAACGGCGGGAAGGAACGGCAUCGAUCGCACAGGGAGAGGGACAGCGACGGCCAUGGCGGCCCGACCCGUCCUCUCGCGUCGUUAAUGUCGGCUGCUCCGCACGUUCCGCAUGGGCAGAGAUCCCAUCAUGGACACGACGCGGGGCACGCGGGAAACGCAGGAAGCGCGGGACACGUGGGGCAGAGGACUCAUAGUAGUGAUCCCGGACCAAGAGCUUCGCAGGAUGCGCAUCGUACUUCACAUCAUGACCCUUCGCCUCCCGUCGACAAGCAUCUUUCAACGCUGCUCGCGGACAUAAAUGCCGUUUGCUCGAAACCGGGAGGCGGCUUGCCGAAUCUUAAAGGCGUGGAGUCGCUUCUCUCGCUUGUGAACGCCGACAAGAGCGACGGGCGACGGAAGCUCGGUUUCGCCGACGCCGUCGCACGUCGUCGCGCGGUCGCUCACGCUGUCGCAGCCACGGACGAGGAGUCGUGCCUGUCGCAUUUCAUCGCGAAAGGAGGCCUGAAAACCCUAGACGAAUGGCUGCAGGAAACGCACAAGGGCAAAUACAGCCACGGGAACACCAGCAGCGGCAGCGGCGGCGGCGGAAGCGGCAAGGGGGGAGAUACAGUCGAUCAGGCCGCGCUAGACGACCUCUUAUUGGCGCUUCUCCGCGCGUUAGCGCGAUUGCCGGUGGAUCUCGAGGCGCUUAAGAGCUGCGUGGUGGGCAAAUCGGUGAACCAGCUGCGCAGCCAGCGGAACGCGGAGGUGCAGAGGCGCGCAAAGCGGUUGGUGGAGGUUUGGAAGAAGCGCGUGGACGAGACGCUUGCGGAGAACAUGGGGCGGAAGAGCGCAGGGGGAGGGGGGAGCGCAGGGGGGAGUGCAGGGGGAGGGGGCACGGGAGCCGCAGCAAACGUAGGUACAGCAGCAAUUGGAGGGACAGCAGCUUCAGGAGCAGAAGCAGGGACAGGGGGGGCAGGUGCGAAAAAAGGGACACCCGUUGUAGUCACACCUGUGGCCGCAUCACCCCUGCGACCGUCCGCUGUUUCCUCCCCUGCGUCUUCUCCAACCCAGCUCACAGCAGGCUCGGGGCAGCCUCGGGCUGCCAAACCUAGUGGCUCGGCAGGGGAUGGGGGAGACCCCGGCGGGACGCCGGGGGCGGGGAGAGGGCGAGGGGGAGGCGGAGCGGGGGAAGGGGGGCGGCCGCCCCCUUCCCCCCUGUCCGUUCCGGGGGGCAGUCCCAGGGGCCGGGGGGAGUCGCAGGUUUCGCCUGGGAGCCUGCGAAGUGGUAACCAGAAGGGUCACGCGAGUGGGUUACCAAAAUCGGGUGGGAGUGGAAGCAAGGUGGUGAGUCCAAGAGGAGUAGGCUCGGCAGGCAAAGGGACAGGAACGGAACGGGCGGAGGGUAAGGUUUCUGGGGUGGGAGGAGGGGAGAAGGGAGAUGCUGCGGAGGAGGAAGUGGGAGAGGAGAAGAAGAGAGGGGAGAGGGAGGAACGAAGAAGUGGGCAUUUGCAAGCGGAGGAGGAGAGGGAGAGGGAGGGGGAGAAGGAGAAGGAGAAGGAGAAGGAGAAGGAGAAGGAGAAGGAGAAGGAGAAGGAGAAGGAGAAGGAGAAGGAGAAGGAGAAGGAGACGGAGACGGAGAAGGAGAAGGAGAAGGAGAAGGAGAAGAAGAAGGAAAAGGAGAAGGAGAAGGAGAAGGAGAAAGAAAAAGAGGGGAAGAAAGCAGGGGCGGGGAGCAAACCAGGGAAAGGGGUACAGGAGGAGGAGGGCGCUGUAGGCGAUCGUGAGCUGUCAAAAGCAGAAAGAUCAGCGGAAAAAAAUGCUGCUGCUGCGCCUGCUGUGGCUUUUGAGGCGCCUCAAAAGGAAGUGGAGGGCGUUGUGGGCGGUGGUGAGCUGUCAAAAGCAGAAGGAUCAGCCGACAUAGAUGCUGCUGCCGUGUCUGCUGUGGCCUCUGCUGCCCCUGAGUCGUCUGAUGGGCAAGGCAGGCUGCAGGAGCGCGCUGGCUCGAGCAAACCGCUGGGAGAGGCUGUUCCGUUGCCAGAGACGGAGAAAGAAGAGAAGGAGAAUCGGAAGGAAAGGAGGGAGGGGAAGGAGGGAAAGGAGGGGAAGGAUCGCGAGGAAGGAAAGGAGGAAAGGGAGGUGGAGGCUAGAAUAUCCUCAUCAGGGGAAGCAGAGAGGCCGCGGUUGGUUGACGAGGGAAAGGCAAAGGAUGGCGAAGGGAUGGAGGGGAAGGACGGGGAGAAAGAGCGCGAGGAGAAAACGGAGAAAGGGGUUGAUCUCGUGGGGAAAAGUGAGGGGGGCGAGGGUGCGAGUGGUGUCAAGGAAACAGAGUCGGGCUUGGGUGAAGCAUCGAAGGGAACGCGAGGCGGGGCGGGAUCAGAAGGUGGGGCAGGGACAGCUGAGAAAGUUGGUGCUUGUGUGGUUGAGGAGAAGGGGGGUAAAUCAGAAACCGUGGCUGCUCCUGCUGCUGCCCCUCCUCCUCCUCCUCCUCCUCGUCCCCCUCCUCCCCCUCCCCCUGCUGCUGCUGCUACUGCUCCUGAUGCUUCCGCGGCUUCGGGAACAGCAGAGAAAGGAGAGCCAGCGGCAGCAAACCGGCUAGUAGUGAAGAUCCCAGUACCUGUAAGGAGCCCUGCCGUUAGUCCAGCCGGUGGGGUGGACGGUCGUCAAGUAGCGAGUUCCCCUAUGCGCAGCAGCAGCGGGAAGGCUUCUAGUGGAAGUCGGAGGGAGGAGGAGGAGAAGGGGCGGAAGGGGAAGGAGAAGAAAGGGGAGAAGGAGGUUAGCCCGUCUGCGGAGGGAGUGGCGGCUGUAGGAGCAGGGAGUGUGGGCGGAGAAGGGAGUGGAAGGGAAGCGGAGAGCCGGCAGCAGCAGGGGGAAGCGAGGAGGCGGGGGGAUGUUGAAGAUGAGGAUAAAGGGGGAGAGAGCAGAAGUGCUGCUGCUGGUGGUGGUGGUGGUGGUUCUGGCGAUGCUUGUGUUGCUGGUGCUGCUGCUGCUGCUGAUUCUGGUGGUGGUGGUGGUGGUGGUGACGCAAGGCAGGAUUCUGCUGACGUGGGUGGUGGGAGAAGGAGCGGGGGAGGCGGGCAGGAGGUAGCAGGGGAAAGGGCAGGAGCAGAGACGGGAGCAGAGACGCGGGCAGCAGCAGGGGCAGGGGCAGAGAAAGGCGGUGGGCCAGGAGAGCAGGGGAUGGUGACACGGGAAGGGGGUUUGAAGGGGGAAGAAGGAGUGGGGGUAGGAGGAUUAGGGGGAUUAGGAGUGGGAGAAGAAUCAGGGAAAGAAUUGUUAGGCUUUUCAGCAGAGGCAGGUGUUGCAGGGCCGACACAGAAGGAGGGUGUUGUUGCGGGCGGGUCAGUCAAGGAAGGUGCAGGGAGAGGGACGGGUGAUGGAGGGGAAGAGGUAAGUGUCAAGGAAAAGGGUUCUGAUGGUAAGGGGUUGAAGCUGCAGCAGGGACAGCAGGACAGAAAAACCGAGCAGCAGCAAGAGGAGAGGGACGGGAGAUGGACGGGAGAUGGAGGGGAAGAGGUAAGUGGCAGGGAAAAGGGUUCUGAUGGUAAGGGGUUGAAGCUGCAGCAGGGACAGCAGGUGCGUCAGCAGGAGGGGAAAACCGAGCAGCAGCAAGAAGAGGGGGAAGAGAAAGAAGAAGAAGGGGCAGGGGGUGGUGGUGGGGAUGAGAGAAGGCUCAUUGUAAGAUUCUCGGUGAGCAAGCGUGGGAAAGAGGUGGAGGAGAAGGAGGAGGAGAAGGAGGAGGAAGCUACUGGUGUCACAGACCUGGGGGGAGCAACAGUCAGGGUUACUUCUGAGGGUAGAUCUGAGAGGCAUCAGAAGCUGGCUGAAGAGGAUACUUGCGGGGUGGGUCAGAAGCAGGAUGGGGGGGAUCGGCUGAGUGAGGGGAAUGGUGCAGAGGUGGCAGGAGGCGCAGGGAAGGAGGGGAGUGAGAGAGAGCGGGAGAGACUGGGUGCUGAGUGCAAGGAGCGGGAAGCUUCUGGGAAUGGUCCUGUGGAGGGGCGUGGCGAGUCUGGGGGCGUGAGGGAAAGAGAGGAGGAGAAAGGGGGAGAGAGGUUGAAGGAGAGAGAGGGAGUGAGAGAAAGAGACGGGAGGGAAAGGGAGGGGGGGAGAACGGAGGGCGUGAGAGAGAGGGAGGGUGUGAGAGAGAGGGAGGGUGUGAGAGAGAGGGAGAGCGAUCCUGGCCCUGGGAGUGGAGGAGGGCUGAAGGCUGAUGUGGCGAUGGCAACUGGUGGAGGGCGGCAGUUCUCGGACUAUCUGCCGCCCAGAAGAAGAGGGUCUGACAGCGAUCGGCCCCGUGCCCCCACUGGCUCGAGCAUAGUCACAGGCAGGCGAUCGGCUGUGAUUAUAAAGGGCACCGUCAUCCCCUCGCCGCUCUCCCACCGGCCAGUCAAGAAAGUCAAGGCAGUCAAGAUGGCUGCCGUUGCCUCAGUCAUGGAAGCUUCCCGCCCCAGCACCCUUCCGUCCUCCCCGCCUCACUCUACCCACGAGCCCACACUCCACCCCGCCACGUCAGCUAUUACACCCAGAGAGGAACCCCAAGGGGUGAGAGAAAAUGUCUCGGAUUUUCGAGGGCUGGAGGGUGGCGGCAACUGCAACAGUGCAGAUGCGGACGAGGAUCUGCCGCCCACCGAGACUGCUACAGUGCUGGCGUCGCUGAUGAGUGCGGCGAGUGCUGAGCGGGCUGAUCCGGGGGAGGUGCCAUCUGGGGGAGGUGCUGAGGGGAGUGGUGGUGGGGGCAGAGAAUUAGGGUUUGGGGGAUGUGAGGCAGCAGAUUCAAUGCCUGGGCGUUUGAGUGCUCGGGAUGGCGCGUCAAGAGUUAUGGGAGAGAGGGGAGAGACGGGGGGGAUGGGAGGGGUUGGAGAGGGCAUGGGAGGGGGCACAGGAGGGGGGAUAGGAGGGGGCAUGGGAGGAAGCACGGGAGGGGACAUGGAGGAUGGGCCAAGUGCGGAUCAGCUAGCGAUCGAAUGCCUGCUGAAAGCUGCUGAGGCGAAGGAUGAAGGGGAGGGGGAGAUCUCUGAUGGCACAAGGGCAGAUGUGAAAGAGGGGGUAGGGGCAGCGGAUAUAGAGGAUGAGGAGGAGUUGAGUGUGGCAGCAGUUUUGGCGUCUAGUAAGUGGCAGGGCAAGGGGCGGCAAAACGGCCAACUGAUCUCCAGUUCUGGUCGCUCUGAUACCAUUCCAACGGCCUCCGCUCUCGCCUCUGCUGCUGCUGCAGCAGCUGCAGCCAGUGCUGCCCUGCACGCCGCUUCCCUGUCCUCUGCCCUGCCCUCACACCCUUCCCCCCUGUCGUCCCCUCCUCUCUCCCACCGCUCCUCCCUGUCUGCUCUUUCUCUCCCUGCCGCCUUGCAAAGUCCCUGGCGGGCGGCUCUUGCUGCUGAGAUCGAGAGGGAGAAGAGCGAGGGUGCAUGGGUGGCCGGAUCAGAUAUUGCGGUAGGCACUGGGGCAGGCGCGGGGGCAGGGAGUGCGGAAGGGAGAGAGGCAGAGGGAGCGGGGGGAGCAGGAGAGGCAGAAGGGGAGAAUCAGAAGCAGCAGCAACAGCAGCAGCAGCAGGAGGAGGAGGAGCAGCAGCAACAGCAGCAGCAGCAGGAGGAGGAGGAGCAGCAGCAACAGCAGCAGCAGCAGGAGGAGGAGCAGCAGCAGGAGGAGGAGCAGCAGCAACAGCAGCAGCAGCAGCAGCAGCAGCAGCAGGAGGAGCAGCAGCAACAGCAGCAGCAGCAGCAGCAGCAGGAGGAGGAGCAGCAGCAGCAGGAGCUUCUGCAGGAGCUGGGGCAGGGGUUGCGGUUGAGGUAG